CGUCAGGAUGAAAUGUUCCUUCCUCUGAUCCAGAGUAGUAGUGUCCGUUGAAGAAUUCGAUUGGGAAUAAUUUAAUCAACAUUCCCAGGACUCCCAGCAUGCAGCCUAUAUCGUCGUGGAGCAAGGAGAGAGUGAGCGACUGGCUCAAAGGUCUGGAUGCCCCUCUCCAGCAGUACCCCUUCAAAGAGUGGAGGGUGACGGGGUUGGACCUGCUGCAGCUCUCCUCCCAGGACCUGGAGCGGCUGGGCGUUCACAAGAUCAGCCACCAGGAGCUCAUCCUGGAGGCUGUGGAGAAGCUCUGCUCCCUGACAUACGGUAUGGGAGGGGAGACCCUGCGCAGUCUGACAGAGAACCUGUGCGUGGUGGCCCACUCCCUGAUCAUGGGCAUCCAGAUCCGCUGGAGGGUAAACACCUAUGAUGGGCAGAGCGCCACCAAGCUGCCAGCCAGCGUACUGCAGGUGGUGCUGGAGCUCAUCACCUCCGCCAAGGGCCUCUUCUCCCUGCUCAACAGGUACCAGUUUGCCCAGCUGAGUGGUUACACGUCCAGUAGGAACAUCAUCACCUACUGUAAAGACCUGGGGACCGCAGUACACAAGGAUUCCACAGUUUACGAGAAAGAAAAAGACAUCAUCUCCAUCUGUCGUCAGUUGGUGGCGGUGUGUGAUGAGAUUCUGUACUGCAGUCCAGAGGCACUCCUUACCCACACUGCCCAGCUGGAGAGGGUUGACCUGGUGCCUGUCUUCGAUGGCGAUCACCUGUCACCCGCUGACUUCUGUGACAAGAUAUUAGCUGGGGACGAGGUGAUCCAAGUCAAUGACCAAAUAGUGGUUGGCUGGAGCAGGAAUAACCUGUUGAAGAAACUACAGGAGAACCCCAGUGGGGUGACCCUGGUCCUCACGAAGGUCCCCGUGUCCCUGAAUCUCAAAGACACACCCCAACAGCCCCCCUGCCCAAAGGAAGACGAAGAGGAAGAGGAGGAAGAGCGCAAUCAGAGAUUCUCCGUAUUGGAGAGAGUUGCAGCCUCGGUCAGGUCCCUUUCAUUCAGGGCAGCGGUUCAGGGGCCAGUGGUGAGCCAACACAUGGGCCAGGAGGAGUCGGAGCUGUCCAAUGACAGGGGAUUGGACAGCAGCCUGACAUACACCUCACACCCCCACCACCAGGGGGAGCUCUCAUACCUGUCUGCAGGAGAAACCAAUAGUUUGAAGGGGUCCAGGUUCAGCCCCAGGCCCAGGGGAGAGGGCUCUGCGCCCCCCAGUAGUCCGUCCCACCGGGUACUAGAGCUAGCCAGAGCUAGCGUCAGUUCCUGCCCUGAGAUGGGCGUACACGGGGAGGAUAAAGAACCAAAAAGGAUGUCUACAAAAGGCAAGAGUACAGCGGCGAGCAGGCGGCGUGUGUCGUGUCGUGAGCUGGUUCAACCCGACUGUGACGGCUGGCUGUGGAAGAAGAGGAAGGAGAGCAGCGUGUUCAUGACCCAGAAAUGGCAGCGCUUCUGGUUCGUCCUCAAGGGCCCCACUCUCUACUGGUAUACCAGCCAGCAGGAGGAGAAAGCAGAGGGCCUGGUUCAUAUCUCCAGCUACAACAUAGAGAGUGCAGGAGAACACAAGAGGAAGUAUGUCUUCCAAAUGUGCCACCAGCGCUUCCAGACUUUCUUCUUUGCCGCCGAGAAUGUCAAUGACAUGACCAAAUGGAUCAACUGUCUGAUCAUAGCCAUACAGAAACACAAGAAGUUCCACAAAGGACCACCGGACAACGAAGAGGAGUGUUACAGUGAGACGGAGUCAGAAGAUGAGGGGUCUUCUCCUUCACCACGCAGAAACAAGAUCUACACGAAAACUCUGUCCAACACACUGCCUCGGGCCAGGAAAGAGAAGGAGGAGAAAGAGAAGAAGAACAAGGUUCAGGUUCCUGCUCCACCCACAGGGCUCAGCAGAAGCCCAGGAGCUCCAGAGGAUGAGAUGGACGUGCUGUUCCACGGACUGAAGGAGGGCGGCGUGUCCCUGAUCGGCAGCAAGCAGCCACAGACCCAAGACCACUUCCGAAAGUCCUUCAUCCGGCGCAACAAGAACCCGGUCAUCAAUGAGAAGGCCCACACACUCCGCGCGCUGCAGAGCACACUCAAGGAUAAAGAGGCAGAGCUCCAACUCAUCAACAAGGUGCUGGAGGACUCUGAGUUGACGUCCCAGAAGUACCGCCAGUGGAAAGAACAUAACAAAGACUUACACCUGGAGAUCGAGAAACUGGCUGUCCAACGGGCUAAAGGCAAGACAAAGGACACGCCCCCUGGAUCGUCUUCUGGGGAGAUGGGGGAGGUGGUUGCCGUGGAAACAGAGGCCGCGUGUGGACUGACCCUUGGCGACGGUGAGAUGCUGGUAGACGCGGAGCCAUCGUUUUCAAGUACGAUGAAGACAGCAGGCGACUCUGAUGUAGAGCCACAGUCAGAGCAAUCAGUGACUGCAGAGAGCAGCACAGAUGACGUAGCUAGUCCUGCUAGCCGAGAGAAUUACUUCUACAUAUGAGACGCCACUGAACUGAUCUGAUGGUGGUUUCCCUACUUACCAUCAGAUAUGUAUGGUUAGGGCAUGAAGUGUUUCUCAACUAUAUGACCUAACCAGGGAAAACUCAUAGCUGUAGUUAUCGCUGUGAUUCAUGACUCUAGUUAUCGCUGUGAUUCAUGACUCUAGUUAUCGCUGUGAUUCAUGACUCUAGUUAUCGCUGUGAUUCAUGACUCUAGUUAUCGCUGUGAUUCAUGACUCUAGUUAUCGCUGUGAUUCAUGACUCUAGUUAUCGCUGUGAUUCAUGACUCUAGUUAUCGCUGUGAUUCAUGACUCUAGUUAUCGCUGUGAUUCAUGACUCUAGUUAUUGCUGUGAUUCAUGACUCUAGUUAUCGCUGUGAUUCAUGACUCUAGUUAUUGCUGUGAUUCAUGACUCUAGUUAUCGCUGUGAUUCAUGACUCUAGUUAUCGCUGUGAUUCAUGACUCUAGUUAUCGCUGUGAUUCAUGACUCUAGUUAUCGCUGUGAUUCAUGACUCUAGUUAUCGCUGUGAUUCAUGACUCUAGUUAUCGCUGUGAUUCAUGACUCUAGUUAUCGCUGUGAUUCAUGACUCUAGUUAUCGCUGUGAUUCAUGACUCUAGUUAUCGCUGUGAUUCAUGACUCUAGUUAUCGCUGUGAUUCAUGACUCUAGUUAUUGCUGUGAUUCAUGACUCUAGUUAUCGCUGUGAUUCAUGACUCUAGUUAUCGCUGUGAUUCAUGACUCUAGUUAUCGCUGUGAUUCACGACUAGUUAUCGCUGUGAUUUCUUAUGGAGUUUUUCCUGGUCAGGUAAUGUGGUCGGGAUAAACACUGGGCCCUCAGGGGUUUUGUUUUAAAUAUUUUUGACUGUUGUUGAUGUAGGAAAGACAGGGUUUGUCUUUCCAAGCCAAUUGUAUCACGCCAAACUUGCAGAAUUCAAGUUACGGUAUUCAUACGACAAAAAAACUAUUUUUUCAAGUGUCCCUAUGUGUUGAUAGAUAUAUACUGUAGUCAUGGGAUGUUAUGGACUGUCUUUUCUACUGUUACAUAUCUUUGAUUAAGAUUUUUAGAUGAGAUUUAAAGGUAAAUUAUAUCCGUGUUGUAUGCCUCUUAUGUACAUAGAAUGUUAAAUGUCACGUAACAAAAUGUAUUGUACUUUUUUAAACGUAGAUUGUAUAUAUUUUUUGCACAGAAUAAGUUCCGAUCUUGCCUGAUGGACAACAUUAUGACAUAGUUAUUAUUAUUAACAUGUAAGACUGCUCCCAGAUCUGUUCCCAGACCUUUGUGUGUGUGUGUGUGUGUGUGUGUGUGUGUGUGUGUGUGUGUUCUCGUUUUUGAGAUCGUAUUAGGACCUCAACUUAUAUAAACACCUUCCAUAUUAGGACCUUUGACCAAGUUAGGUCCAAAACCAUGGGCUCAACUAGGGAAACCAUUGGAAUAGCCUGCAAAUAGCAUGCUAAUAUGCCUGGUUUGAAAAUCACACAAAACUGUCAGGGUCCUAAGAAGGGGGUAUUUUUGUAAGCCACCUGGUGGUAACAUACCAUACUGCAAGGUAUCAAAACAAAUCAAAUCAAAUGUUCUUGUCACACACACACACACAGUCUUGUAUUUGUAACCAUUUUAGGACACAUUGUAGUAAUAUCUAACAAGUAAUCUAGCAAUUCAACAACAACCGUUCCAGAACAACCUAAUACACACAAAUCAAGUAAAGGGAUGGAAUAGAAUAUAUACAUAUAAAUAUAUGGAUGAGUAAUGACCGAGCGGCAUAGGCAAGAUGCCAGAGGUGAGGUGCUUUUGGGUGACAGCGGCAGAACCGUUGAGGCUAGAAGCACAAUUCAAUCACAGGAACCUUCCCAAGGUCCUCCCGAUCUGUGCAAGCCUAACCUUGACAGUGUGGAAUUAACCCUUAACAGUGAAAACAGGGUGUUUUCUUCUAACAGUUUACAUUGACAUCUCUCCCCAUAGGAAUACAUUGCCUGCUGCACUAAAUUCAACCUGAUGCCUAUGUGGGUUAUGAUUGCCAUCUCAAGCUGUCUUCAAUGACAAUCCAUCAGGCCACUAUGAGGAUUACCUGUGUUGAGUUUAAGCUUCCUAGAGCAACCGGAAGUGGUUAAAUUACCCUAAAAGUGGUUUUGAUAUACCCAACCUGCAGUUUGUAUAAACACUGAGUUCAACCCUCUGUAAAUCAGUCAGUUCUUAACGUGAAGACUUGAAACUCAGGAUUCUGUAAAAGCCUACCCCAAUGAGGAUAUGUGUUUAUUUUCAGCUUCCUGUGACAACCGGAAGUGCCUUGAAUUGGGGUCAUAGGGGCUGUUUCAAAGGGUUAAAAAGGUCACAUCUUUCUAAAAUGUCAUGUGUGUGAUUAGGCAACCCUCAUGAACCGGUACAUAUUAUAAAAACAGAUUUUUAUCCGUUUUUUUUGGCUCUUUUUGGAGGACUUACAAGUUCCACCUAGGUAGUGCUAUGUAUCCAUGUAUAGUCUGAAUUUAAUAUAUUUCCAGAUUAUGGUUGGGGGCCAUAUACAGAGCCACAUAUGUGAAGAGCAGCUGUCUCUGACGUUUUUGGGGAACGAUAUUGACAUCCAGAAAGGUCUUAGCACAAGGCCCAAAACGAAGCCUGACCUAAAUGUGAGGUGCUUUUGGGUGACAGCGGCAGAACCGUUGAGGCUAGAAGCACAAUUCAAUCACAGGAACCUUCCCAAGGUCCUCCCGAUCUGUGCAAGCCUAACCUUGACAGUGUGGAAUUAACCCUUAACAGUGAAAACAGGGUGUUUUCUUCUAACAGUUUACAUUGACAUCUCUCCCCAUAGGAAUACAUUGCCUGCUGCACUAAAUUCAACCUGAUGCCUAUGUGGGUUAUGAUUGCCAUCUCAAGCUGUCUUCAAUGACAAUCCAUCAGGCCACUAUGAGGAUUACCUGUGUUGAGUUUAAGCUUCCUAGAGCAACCGGAAGUGGUUAAAUUACCCUAAAAGUGGUUUUGAUAUACCCAACCUGCAGUUUGUAUAAACACUGAGUUCAACCCUCUGUAAAUCAGUCAGUUCUUAACGUGAAGACUUGAAACUCAGGAUUCUGUAAAAGCCUACCCCAAUGAGGAUAUGUGUUUAUUUUCAGCUUCCUGUGACAACCGGAAGUGCCUUGAAUUGGGGUCAUAGGGGCUGUUUCAAAGGGUUAAAAAGGUCACAUCUUUCUAAAAUGUCAUGUGUGUGAUUAGGCAACCCUCAUGAACCGGUACAUAUUAUAAAAACAGAUUUUUAUCCGGUUUUUUUGGCUCUUUUUGGAGGACUUACAAGUUCCACCUAGGUAGUGCUAUGUAUCCAUGUAUAGUCUGAAUUUAAUAUAUUUCCAGAUUAUGGUUGGGGGCCAUAUACAGAGCCAUAUAUGUGAAGAGCAGCUGUCUCUGACGUUUUUGGGGAACGAUAUUGACAUCCAGAAAGGUCUUAGCACAAGGCCCAAAACGAAGCCUGACCUAAAUGUGAGGUGCUUUUGGGUGACAGCGGCAGAACCGUUGAGGCUAGAAGCACAAUUCAAUCACAGGAACCUUCCCAAGGUCCUCCCGAUCUGUGCAAGCCUAACAUUGACAGUGUGGAAUUAACCCUUAACAGUGAAAACAGGGUGUUUUCUUCUAACAGUUUACAUUGACAUCUCUCCCCAUAGGAAUACAUUGCCUGCUGCACUAAAUUCAACCUGAUGCCUAUGUGGGUUAUGAUUGCCAUCUCAAGCUGUCUUCAAUGACAAUCCAUCAGGCCACUAUGAGGAUUACCUGUGUUGAGUUUAAGCUUCCUAGAGCAACCGGAAGUGGUUAAAUUACCCUAAAAGUGGUUUUGAUAUACCCAACCUGCAGUUUGUAUAAACACUGAGUUCAACCCUCUGUAAAUCAGUCAGUUCUUAACGUGAAGACUUGAAACUCAGGAUUCUGUAAAAGCCUACCCCAAUGAGGAUAUGUGUUUAUUUUCAGCUUCCUGUGACAACCGGAAGUGCCUUGAAUUGGGGUCAUAGGGGCUGUUUCAAAGGGUUAAAAAGGUCACAUCUUUCUAAAAUGUCAUGUGUGUGAUUAGGCAACCCUCAUAAACCGGUACAUAUUAUAAAAACAGAUUUUUAUCCGUUUUUUUUGGCUCUUUUUGGAGGACUUACAAGUUCCACCUAGGUAGUGCUAUGUAUCCAUGUAUAGUCUGAAUUUAAUAUAUUUCCAGAUUAUGGUUGGGGGCCAUAUACAGAGCCACAUAUGUGAAGAGCAGCUGUCUCUGACGUUUUUGGGGAACGAUAUUGACAUCCAGAAAGGUCUUAGCACAAGGCCCAAAACGAAGCCUGACCUAAAUGUGAGGUGCUUUUGGGUGACAGCGGCAGAACCGUUGAGGCUAGAAGCACAAUUCAAUCACAGGAACCUUCCCAAGGUCCUCCCGAUCUGUGCAAGCCUAACCUUGACAGUGUGGAAUUAACCCUUAACAGUGAAAACAGGGUGUUUUCUUCUAACAGUUUACAUUGACAUCUCUCCCCAUAGGAAUACAUUGCCUGCUGCACUAAAUUCAACCUGAUGCCUAUGUGGGUUAUGAUUGCCAUCUCAAGCUGUCUUCAAUGACAAUCCAUCAGGCCACUAUGAGGAUUACCUGUGUUGAGUUUAAGCUUCCUAGAGCAACCGGAAGUGGUUAAAUUACCCUAAAAGUGGUUUUGAUAUACCCAACCUGCAGUUUGUAUAAACACUGAGUUCAACCCUCUGUAAAUCAGUCAGUUCUUAACGUGAAGACUUGAAACUCAGGAUUCUGUAAAAGCCUACCCCAAUGAGGAUAUGUGUUUAUUUUCAGCUUCCUGUGACAACCGGAAGUGCCUUGAAUUGGGGUCAUAGGGGCUGUUUCAAAGGGUUAAAAAGGUCACAUCUUUCUAAAAUGUCAUGUGUGUGAUUAGGCAACCCUCAUGAACCGGUACAUAUUAUAAAAACAGAUUUUUAUCCGGUUUUUUUGGCUCUUUUUGGAGGACUUACAAGUUCCACCUAGGUAGUGCUAUGUAUCCAUGUAUAGUCUGAAUUUAAUAUAUUUCCAGAUUAUGGUUGGGGGCCAUAUACAGAGCCACAUAUGUGAAGAGCAGCUGUCUCUGACGUUUUUGGGGAACGAUAUUGACAUCCAGAAAGGUCUUAGCACAAGGCCCAAAACGAAGCCUGACCUAAAUGUGAGGUGCUUUUGGGUGACAGCGGCAGAACCGUUGAGGCUAGAAGCACAAUUCAAUCACAGGAACCUUCCCAAGGUCCUCCCGAUCUGUGCAAGCCUAACCUUGACAGUGUGGAAUUAACCCUUAACAGUGAAAACAGGGUGUUUUCUUCUAACAGUUUACAUUGACAUCUCUCCCCAUAGGAAUACAUUGCCUGCUGCACUAAAUUCAACCUGAUGCCUAUGUGGGUUAUGAUUGCCAUCUCAAGCUGUCUUCAAUGACAAUCCAUCAGGCCACUAUGAGGAUUACCUGUGUUGAGUUUAAGCUUCCUAGAGCAACCGGAAGUGGUUAAAUUACCCUAAAAGUGGUUUUGAUAUACCCAACCUGCAGUUUGUAUAAACACUGAGUUCAACCCUCUGUAAAUCAGUCAGUUCUUAACGUGAAGACUUGAAACUCAGGAUUCUGUAAAAGCCUACCCCAAUGAGGAUAUGUGUUUAUUUUCAGCUUCCUGUGACAACCGGAAGUGCCUUGAAUUGGGGUCAUAGGGGCUGUUUCAAAGGGUUAAAAAGGUCACAUCUUUCUAAAAUGUCAUGUGUGUGAUUAGGCAACCCUCAUGAACCGGUACAUAUUAUAAAAACAGAUUUUUAUCCGGUUUGUUUGGCCCUUUUUGGAACGUUUACAAAUUCUAUCUAAUUAAGGGUAUUCUUACAUUUCUAGUCUUCAAAGCUAUUGAGGGGAUUUGUCUAGGGGGUCAUAGCUUAAACAUGUCUAUGGCAAUGAGGGGAGAUGCGUAUGUGAGUCUCGAGCUAAUCAGACCAUUGAUAUAAGAAGGCUUGCUCCUGGACACUUGUAGCUUAACUGGGUGGCACAACGUGGCACUCCCGACAUCAUACUUAAAUACUGAGCCAAUAGCAGCAUCUAUAUAUUAGAAAUGGCCUUAGGCCCUAUAAAGUUCAUAAACGAGAUGGGCGUGGCCACCCUACCUUCAUACUUGAGUCUUUAGCCAACCGCAAAAUAUAUAUACAGUACCAGUCAAAUGUUUGGACACACAUACUCAUACUCACACAUACUCAUAUUUUCUACAUUGUAGAAUAAUAUUGUAGAUAUCAAAACUAUGAAAUAACACAUAUGGAAUCACGUAGAAACCAAAAAAGUGUUAAACAAAUAAAAAUAUAUUUGAGAUUUGAGAUUGUUUUAAGUAAACACCCUUUGCCUUGAUGACAACUUCGCACACUCUUGGCACUCUCUCAGACAGCUUCAUAAGGUAGUCACCUGGAAUGCAUUUCAAUUAACAGGUGUGCCUUGUUAAAAGUACAUUUGUGGAAUUUCUUUCUUUCUUAAUGCGUUUGAGCCAAUCAGUUGUGUUGUGACAAGGUAGGGGUGGUAUACAGAAGAUAGCUCUAUUUGGUAAAAUACCAAGUCCCUAUUAUGGCAAGAACAGCGCAAGUAAGCAAACAGAGACAACAGUCCAUCAUUACUUUAAGGCAUGAAGGUCAGUCAAUGAGGAAAAUGUCAAUAACUUUUUUAAAGUUUCUUCAAGUGCAGUGGCAAAAACCAUCAAGCGCCCAAAUUAAACUGGCUCUCAUGAGGACCGCCACAGGAAAGGAAGAACCAGAGUUACCUCUGCUGCAGAGGAUGAGUUCAUUAGAGUUACCAGCCUCAGAUUGCAGCCCAAAUAAAUGCUUCACAGAGUUCAAAUAACAUCAACUGUUCAGAGGAGAAUGCAUGAAUCAGGCCUUCAUGGUCGAAUUGCUGCAAAGAAACCACUACUAAAGGACACCAAAAAUAAGAAGAGACUUGUUUGGCCCAAGAAACUCUAGCAAUGGACAUUAGACCGGUGGAAAUCUGUCCUUUGGUCUGAUGAGUCCAAAUUUGAAAUGUUUGGAUCCAACUGUGUCUUUGUGAGAAGCAGAGUAGGUGAACGGAUUAUCUAUGCAUGUGUGGUUCCCACCGUGAAGCAUGGAGGAGGAGGUGUGGUGGUGCUUUGCUGGUGACACUGUCAGAGAUUUAUUUAGAAUUCAAGGCACACUUAACCAGCAUGGCUACCACAGCAUUCUGCAGCGAUACACCAUCCCAUCUUGUCUGCGCUUAGUGGGGAUAUCAUUUAUUUUUCAAAAGGACAAUGACCCAAAACUCACCUCCAGGCUGUGUAAGGGCUAUUUGACCAAGGAGAGUGAUGGAGUGCUGCAUCAGAUGACCUGGCCUCCACAAUCACCCAACCUCAACCCAAUUGAGAUGGUUUGGGAUGAGUUGGACCGCAGAGUGAAGGAAAAGCAACCAACAAGUACUCAGCAUAUGUGAGAACUCCUUCAAGACUGCUGGAAAAGCAUUCCAGGUGAAGCUGGGUGAGAGAAUGCCAAGAGUGUGCAAAGCUGUCAUCAAGGCAAAGGGUUUGAAUAAUCUCAAAUAUAUUUUGAGUUGUUUAACACUUUUUUGGUUACAACAUGAUUCCAUAUGUAUUAUUCUCAGUUUUGAUGUUUUCACUAUUAUUCUACAAUGUAGAAAAUAGUAAAAAUAAAGAAAAACCCUUAAAUGAGUUUGUGUGUUCAAACUUUUGACUGUUACUGUAUAUUAGAGUUGGCUUUAGGCACUUAAAGUCACAGAUCUAGGAUCAGUUGACCUCCACAUAAUGUUAACAUGAGCCACUAAUAUCUUACUUCAGUAUUGUCUAUAGCAGUUUCUUCAUUAAGACUUAUAUUUGGCCUUAAUGUACACUGCUCAAAAAAAUAAAGGGAACAAUUAAACAACACAAUGUAACUCCAAGUCAAUCACACUUCUGUGAAAUCAAACUGUCCACUUAGGAAGCAACACUGAUUGACAAUAAAUUUCACAUGCUGUUGUGCAAAUGGAAUAGACAACAGGUGGAAAUUAUAGGCAAUUAGCAAGACACCCCCAAUAAAGGAGUGGUUCUGCUGGUGGUGACCACAGACCACUUCUCAUUUCCUAUGCUUCCUGGGUGAUGUUUUGUUCACUUUUGAAUGCUGGCGGUGCUUUCACUCUAGUGGUAGCAUGAGACGGAGUCUACAACCCACACAAGUGGCUCAGGUAGUGCAGCUCAUCCAGGAUGGCACAUCAAUGCGAGCUGUGGCAAGGAGGUUUGCUGUGUCUGUCAGCGUAGUGUCCAGAGCAUGGAGGCGCUACCAGGAGACAGGCCAGUACAUCAGGACAGGAGACGUGGAGGAGGCCGUAGGAGGGCAGCAACCCAGCAGCAGGACCGCUACCUCCGCCUUUGUGCAAGGAGGAGUAGGAGGAGCACUGCCAGAGCCCUGCAAAAUGACCUCCAGCAGGCCACAAAUGUGCAUGUGUCUGCUCAAACGGUCAGAAACAGACUCCAUGAGGGUGGUAUGAGGGCCCGACGUCCACAGGUGGGGGUUGUGCUUACAGCCCAACACCGUGCAGGACGUUUGGCAUUUGCCAGAGAACACCAAGAUUGGCAAAUUUGCCACUGGCGCCCUGUGCUCUUCACAGAUGAAAGCAGGUUCACACUGAGCACAUGUGACAGACGUGACAGAGUCUGGAGACGCUGUGGAGAACCUUCUGCUGCCUGCAACAUCCUCCAGCAUGACCGGUUUGGCGGUGGGUCAGUCGGUGUGGGGUGGCAUUUCUUUGGGGACAGCCCUCCAUGUGCUCGCCAGAGGUAGCCUGACUGCCAUUAGAUGCCGAGAUGAGAUCCUCAGACCCCUUGUGAGACCAUAUGCUGGUGCUGUUGGCCCUGGGUUCCUCCUAAUGCAAGACAAUGCUAGACCUCAUGUGGCUGGAGUGUGUCAGCAGUUCCUGCAAGAGGAAGGCAUUGAUGCUAUGGACUGGCCCGCCCGUUCCCCAGACCUGAAUCCAAUUGAGCACAUCUGGGACAUCAUGUCUCGCUCCAUCCACCAACGCCACGUUGCACCACAGACUGUCCAGGAGUUGGCGGAUGCUUUAGUCCAGGUCUGGGUGGAGAUCCCUCAGGAGACCAUCCGCCACCUCAUCAGGAGCAUGCCCAGGCGUUGUAGGGAGGUCAUACAGGCACGUGGAGGCCACACACACUACUGAGCCUCAUUUUGACUUGUUUUAAGGACAUUACAUCAAAGUUGGAUCAGCCUGUAUUGUGGUUUUCCACUUUAAUUUUGAGUGUGACUCCAAAUCCAGACCUCCAUGGGUUGAUAAAUUUGAUUUCCAUUGACCAUUUUUGUGUGAUUUUGUUGUCAGCACAUUCAACUAUGUAAAGAAAAAAGUAUUUAAUAAGAAUAUUUCAUUCAUUCAGAUCUAGGAUGUGUUAUUUUAGUGUUCCCUUUAUUUUUUUGAGCAGUGUAUAUGACUUUGUGGUUGUGGGAGGGGGGGAUUUCAACUGCUGGCUGGAAUUCUCACUCAACUGUACCACUAAUAUGAACCUGUUCUACAGACUCUUGUAGACUACUAUGCACUGAAAAACAGUUAAUAUGUUACAAAUCAAAGCUUAACAUUGAAAUUUGUGAUUUCAAAUGAUUAAGUUAAAUUCAGAUAGGCAUGUUAUGUGCUCUCUAACACAAACAUAAAAUGUGUUGUUGCUGUAGACCUUUUAACAGAUCUAGGAGCAGUUGACCACAGAAUGUUAACAUUAGCAACUAAUAUCUGACUUCAGUACUGUCUAUAGCUGUUUGUUCAUUAAUACUUAUAUGUGGCCUUAAUAUACAGCAUUUGACCUGGUAAAGGAGAGGGGGAUGGGAGCAGAGAAGGGGGUGGGAGGCUGCUCAAUGAUUGGCUGUAGUGUAGGGCGUGUCAUACAAUGUAUCAAAAUUUCAACUGCUGGCUGGAAUUCUCACUCAACUGUACCACUAAUAUGAACCUGUUCUACAGACUCUUGUAGACUACUAUGCACUGAAAAACAGUUAAUAUGUUACAAAUCAAAGCUUAACAUUGAAAUAUGGGAUUUCAAAUGAUUAAGUUAAAUUCAGAUAGGCAUGUUAUGUGCUCUCUAACACAAACAUAAAAUGUGUUGUUGCUGUAGACCUUUUAACAGAUCUAGUUGACCUCCACAGAAUGUGCACAUUAGCCACUAAUAUCUGACUUCAGUAUAGUUUAUAGAGGUGUAUCUGUCUGUCUGUGUCUUUCAGUUUCUAUUUAGACUACAUCAAAUAUGAAGAAGCUGUGCAGCCACACCAUGUUCAACAUGUUACCUAAUUAGCUAGCUGACAAUCUGGUUUACCUGUAGCAUAUAAACAUUUGUUGGCACAGAAAGAAAGGGGAUAUGAAAAAUGAUUGAUCAAAUUCCUCCUGACACUAUCUGACUGGGUUAAUAACUUAAUAUUAAGUUAAUAUGGACCCAUUGUAUUAGACUUGAACUCUUGGACCAAACAGUGGGACUCUGAUUUCAGCCAUAGGGACUUGUGACUCGACUCCUGACUCCAACAUUGGUGACUUUGACUCAACUCAGAGUAGCCAUAGGGUCUUGUGAAUUGACUUGGACUUAUGCUUUUGUGACUCAACUACAACACUGCUGCCAUUACAUGGCUACUACUACUGCUUCAAAUACCAAUUCUAGCAAGUUGUACCCCAGGUUGGGUACACUUUUCUGCUGCUCCCUCAAAAACAUUAAGCAGACAUUUUGAUUAUACCCAUCAGCUACCCAAUGUUAUUAUGAGUUUUCUUGAGGCUUUUUGCAAAGAGAUCAAUGCUGAUGUAAAGGCCUACGUCUUCACAGCAGUACAAACCUGAAAUCACGUAUUAUCAUGACAUUUUAUUCCACAUUGUGAAACCAGGGAUCUAGUGGAAGAUAAAUGCAAAUAUGAUUAAAAAAAGGCCUGUUAUAAGAGAGAAAGAGAGAUUGUGGGAGUAGCUGAGUGCCUAUAGUGAGAGAUGGCUGUUAAUAUCAGUAGGCUGUUUGAGUGGUCUGUGGGCAGGUAAUUAAUCUGAUUGCUGAUGGGUUAGGUUGCUAGAUCGAAUAUUAACCUGCCAUAAGCUACUUUUGUGUCAGCAAGUCUCCCCAGUUAAAAAUGUACAUAUCCACCACUCCAUCUCUCAUGUACAGACCAUUCAAGUAGCUGCACUUAACACCUCACUGAUACUGAUUGUGUAAGCUACAAACCCAAAUUGUCUAAGGAAAUGUGGCUAACAGUAAUAACAUUGCAGACAUAUUCAGAAAUCUGGGCUGAUGGAAUCAUUGUUAUGCAUAUCUACUGGCCAUAAUUUCCGCUUGAGACCCUGCCCCUCCCCCACUGCAAAGUGCACAAAAGUACCAAACUAUCAAAGGUUUUAUAGGUCAACAGUCCCCCCCCCCCUCCCCCUGACCUUUGUAUAUUAUUUAUAUAUACUUGUGUUCCCAAAUGUACUUCCUGUAUUGAUUUGUUGUUAAUAAAAAUAUAAUAAUGAUAAAAGAUACAGAGUUCCCCCUCCCCCAUGUUGCAGCAUAAAUCUCUGCCCAAGGUUGCCAUGUACACUAUUUUGUGGUUUAUUGAUGUACUUUUAAAACUUUGCGGCAGGUGAAAGAUUUUGGUCGCUAGGUGGAAGUUGUUAUACUACUUCUAUAUUGCAACGUUACCAACAUGGCAUUUUUUAAAAAUCAUUAUUUUCCCUGUAUUCUGCUAAAAUUGUGCUAGUGAAGGUGGGUUUUGAAGUCUGGUUUGCGCAGACUCCUAGAAAUUUGAAGUUGACCUGGCAAGCCUGUCCCUGCCUGAGCGUGAUCACCACUGAAGUAGCUGUGCAGCACGUGUUUUAAGGAAGAGGAGGAUGGUUGCAGAUGUUUGCAUUCAUGCAAGAAGAUCGAAAACAUAAUGGAAGAUAAGAGUCCAGGAACCUACAAAGUAACCAAUGCGGCACUGCAGAGGCUAAGAAGGCGCAUGUAAAAUCUAAAGAAGCAUAGUUCAACUUCAACCAGAUUUGAAAAGGAAAAGAAAAGAUAAAUCCCGAAGCGCAGAUGUCAGACACCGAGGCUGCCAGUACCUCUGAGGCGGACAGUACUUCUGGGUCGAUAGUCAAUGUGUUGGAUGAUGCACCACCGUUGAUCAGAACAGACAGUAUAUACUUGACCAAAGCUAUGCUUGGAUACAAGACUGAUGACUCAAUAACCAGCAUUGGCAACAGUGUAGAUGGUUAUGUCCCAGGAUCAUCAGAGAAGGGCAAUUUUUAUGAAGAAAAUCUGACAGGAGAGAUGUCAGUGAUUCAGGCCAAAAAGCCAAUGACCAAGGGAUUGGGGCAAAAGAGAGACUCACACGGAGAGAUGUCAGCGAUUCGGGCCAAAUAGCCAAUGACCAAGGGAAAGCUGGAACAAGAGACGUUCACACGCGGCCACUGAUAGUUCAUCAGAGAAUGACUCUGAGAGAGAGGAGUCGUCUGAAGAAUCCUAUGAAGAAAAUCUGACCGGUAUGCCUAUACCUUACAUGGACGUAUUCUUAAUUACAAUGUCCUUUUCGACAUGUUUUCCACUGAUGUUUUCCAGGAGAGAUGUCAGCUAUUCAGGCCAAACAGCCAAUGACCAAGGGAAAGCUGGGACAAAGGAGAGGCUCACACAGUGCCAAAGGAACAAAAAGGUUUUGGUCGACAAUAGAGGUGGAUGCAGUUGAAGAUUCCUUGAUGAAUUUUAUCCGAAUGGGAAAAACGCCUGGAAAACAAGACUGUGAGAAAUGCAUUGCUGCUUCUGGCCAAGCGCUAGUAAACAGGGACAGGAGAGCAGUAAAGUUCUAUGUACACAACAGAAUAGUUGCAGAUCAGAGAAAAUAAGUGUAAAUAAGCUUCUAUCUUGGUGUACAUCUGAGGAUUUAAUGGGACUUACUUGACUUAAGCUCAUAGGCAGUUGAUGAAUGUCCUCCAUCUCACUCUGUUUGGGGGAAGUUUUCCCAGGUGGGUGGUUCACUUUUGGAGUGACUAAGGUCUCAAGAAUACAAAGCCUGCUGACUUUGAAUGUUACAGAAAAAUAAAAUACAUUUUUCGAAACUAUUAAUCUGUUACUUGGAUAUAAUGACUCCAUUACUGAAAUGGUUGUUCCAGUUUAAAUACUUUACAGUAGAACUACACUACAGUAGAACUACACUACAGCCGUUGAGUUGCCAUCCGUGUUGCAUCAUUGUGGCAUUCUACAUGCAAUAUUUUCAGUCAUAAAAUAGAAUGAAUGCAUCUAAUAUCGAUGUAAUAAAUGUAUCACUAGUCACUUAAACAAUGCCACUCUAUAUAAUGUUUACAUAGCCUACAUUACUCAUCUCAUAUGUAUAUACUGUACGCUAUACCAUCUACUGCAUCUUGCCUAUGCCGUUCGGCCAUCACUCAUUCAUAUAUUUAUAUGCACAUAUUUGUAUUCAUUCCUUUACACUUGUGUGUAAAAGGUAGUUGUUGUGAAAUUGUUACAUUACUUGUUAGAUAUUACUGCACUGUCGGGAACUAGAAGCACAAGCAAUGCGCUACACUCGCAUUAACGUCUGCUAACCAUGUGUAUUUGACCUAUUUGAUUUGAUUUGAUUUGCAAUGUGCGGUCUCAAGUAGGUGGUAAAAUUACAAGUGAUCUUUUUUCAAGAAGUCAGCAACUUUCGGUGAUUUCCUCAUAUUAGAUUUUUUUUCUAGCUCAUGAGUGUAAUUUCUGUGCUUCUAUGAUGUCUGGAAAGCAGGGUCCUAAAAAGGUAUGUAAAUGUGAGGAGUCCUAAAUUGGUUAGAAAUGCAAGACUGUGUGUGUGUGUGUGUGUGUGUGUGUGUGCCGUGCCGUGCCGUGCCGUGCGUGAAAACUUAGUUUUCCCAAUGCAUCUUGAAUAUAUUGAUUCAAUGUAGGGAUCCUCACUGGUGACUGAGCCUGUGUCAAAUGCAGUAAGGAACACAGUAGGGAUCCUCACUGGUGACUGAGCCUGUGUCAAAUGCAGUAAGGAACAAGUGAUGAACACAUUCAUUUGCAAACAGUUUGUCAUUCAAGAAGCCAUUGUCCUAACUGAUGGUCAGGUGAAACUGGCAAUAAAAGGGCAAUACCAUUUAUUCAAAUUUCUAUUGAGAUUUAUCUUGGCAGAAAAUGGGACUUUUGUUUUGCGUUUCACUGCUGAAAUAAGUUAUGAUAAAAGUGUUGACAAGGUUUUGGUAGCACUAUUUUACAGUACUGUCUGUCCUUGAUAAAUUGACCUCUGCUGGAAUUAGCAUGAUAACAGUGGGAACCUUCCUCUAGCGUAGCAUGCAGCCCCCACAAGGCUGGGGGGAUGGAGGUCGGGCCCUCCAGAUAGCAUACGAACACGUCAUAAGCCAUGAAUUAUUACUUUUUGGAAUUACAGAAAAUUACAGACAUGGCCAUUCCAAAACAUGUCAUUCCAAAAUCAUGAGCAUCAAUAUGGAGUUGGUCCCCCCCCCCUUUUGCUGCUAUAACAGCCUACACUUUUGGGAAGGCUUUCCACUAGAUGUUGGAACAUUGCUGCUUCCAUUCAGCCACAAGCGCAUUAGUGAGGUCGGGCCAUGUUGGGCGAUAACACUUGGCUCACAGCCAGUGUUCCAAUUCAUCCCAAAGGUAUUCAAUUGGGUUGAGGUCAGGGCUCUGUGCAGGUCAGUCAAGUUCUUCCACACCGAUCUCGACAAACCAUUUCUGUAUGGACCUCGCUUUGUGCACGGGGGCAUUGUCAUGCUGAAACAGGAAAGGGUCUUCCCCAAACUGUUGGCCCAAAGCUGGAAGCGCAGAGUCGUCUAGAAUGUCAUUGUAUGCUGUAGCGUUAAGAUUUCCCUUCACUGGAACUAAGGGGCCUGAACCAUGAAAAACAGUCCCAGACCAUUAUUCAUCCUCCACCAAACUUUACAGUUGGCACUAUGCAUUCGGUAGCGUUCCCCUGGCAUCCGCCAAACCCAGAUUCGUCCGUCGGACUGCCAGAUGUUGACGCGUGAUUCGUCACUCUAGAGAACACGUUUCCACUGCUCCAGAGUCCAAUGGCGGCGAGCUUUUCACCACUCCAGCCGACACUUGGCAUUGCACAUGGUGAUCUUAAGCUUGAAACCCAUUUCAUGAAUCCCCUGACCAACAGAUCUUGUACUGACGUUGUUUGGAACUUGUAGUGAAUGUUGCAACCAAGGACAGACAAUUUGUACACGCUUCAGCACUUGAUGCUCCCAUUCUGUGAGCUUGUGUGGCUUACCACUUCGCGGCUUAGCCGUUGUUGCUCCUAGACAUUUCCACUUCACAAUAAUAGCACUUACAGUUGACCGGGGGCAACUCUAGCAGGGCAGAAUUUUGACGACCUGACUAGUUGGAAAGGUGGUAUCCUAUGACGGUGCCAUGUUGAAUGUCACUGAGCGCUUCAGUAAGGCAAUUCCACUGCCAAUGUUUUCCUAUGAAGAUUGCAUGGCUGUGUGUUCAAUUUGAUACGCCUGUCAGCAACAGGUCUGGCUGAAAUAGACAAAUCCACUAAUUUAUCCGUACUUUUAAUUUAUCCAUACUUUUGGCCAUGUAGUAUAGCUUUAAAACUGCAACAUUUCCUCUCAGCCUCAUGGCAAUGUGUAAAAUAGCAUGAGAUUAGCUAUAAAACCAUGGAAUUAGAUUAGUUGUUAGUGAGUUUUAUAUUACUUCCUAAGUAAUUUAACAGGAUCACUAUGUAUAUAAUGUUUCGCUCUGCCACAUGUCAUUGUUUUGCUCGUACUUUGGGAGGGCCCCGAGAAACUGCGCUGCACCACUGGAACAGCAUAGUUCUAGUAUCUAAUGCUGCCUACGUGUUUUUCUAAUGAACAUCAAAGAAACAAACAAGCAAAUAGGUUAUUGCUGUUUUCCGUCUUACCAUGUAAUUUCUGUACCGUAACAUAAAGUUCUUCUGAAGUUUAAUGUCA